AUGACGACGGAAACCCGGGGCUCCGUGCGGCAGCGCAAAGCCCAAGCCGCCGCCCCCCAAGAAAAGCAGCCGCUCGUGGAAGAGGUCGACUCGUCCGAAGCCGAGGAGAUCGAGCGGAACACCAGCAGCGCCCCAAAACCGCGGCCCUCGCCCAAGCAGCGCCUCGACGACGAGGACGAGGCCUACAGCCCCUGGGUCGACAUCCUGCGCGUGCUGUCGUUCCUGGCCGUCGCGUCGUGCGCGCUGAGCUACCUGAUCUCGGGCGGCGAGUCGUACAUGUGGGGAGUGCGGCACACGCCGCGGUACAUGCAGGUCGAGUGGUGGAAGAGCCAGUUGCGCGGCCCCAUCUACCUAACCCCGGCCGAGCUCGCCACCUACGACGGCACCGACGAAACCCUUCCCGUCUACCUCGCCAUCAACGGCACGAUCUACGACGUCUCCUCCAACCGGCGGACCUACGGGCCGGGCGGGUCCUACCGGUUCUUCGCGGGCGCCGACGCGUCGCGCAGCUACGUGACGGGCUGCUUCGCCGAGGACCGCACGGCCGACAUGCGCGGCGUCGAGGACAUGUACCUGCCGCUCGACGACGCGGAAGUCGACAAGCACUGGACCGCGGCCGACAUGGCGGCCCUGCGCGAGAAGGAGCUGGCCGAGGCGCGCCGUAGGGUCCACGAGGGCCUGCUGCACUGGGUCAAGUUCUUUGAGAACAACGCCAAGUAUCCGCGCGUCGGGUACGUGAAGCGCGAGGAGGGCUGGCUGGAGAGGGAGCCCCGAAGGGAGCUGUGCAAGACGGCGGCGAAGGGAAGGAAGCCAAGGAAGAUCCCUGGGAAGGAGUAG